CUCAACGACUUAUAUGUGAAUUGAUAUUUGCUUUCCCUGAUUUUUUUCUAACAAGAAUUUAAGUGGUUUUCUUAACAACAACCAAAACGAAAAUGAAAAUGAAUUUAAGUGGCUCUCACAAGUCACACGUUGGCAUGAGCAAACCAACGUAAGAUCUACUCUUUUAACGACUAAAGACUAAUAAAUCCCGAAAUAAUCAAAGAACAUGGAUAUAUAUAAUUAGUGAGAGCACAUCUCAAAGUCACAAAGAGAAGUAAACAAACACAAAGAUGUUUGAAGCCGGAGGAUUAUUUGGUUUCACCGGCACGACCAUGGCAAGUCUUAUGUUCUUCUGGUCAGUGUACAGACAGUUUGUGCCAUACCAAAUCAGAGACUACUUGGAGAAGUGUUUUUACAAGAUGUUCGGUUUGGUCUCAAAUUCUGUUCACAUCAAAUUCACUGAAUACACAGAAGAUAAAGGUCUCAAGAAAAGCCAAGCCUAUGAUUUGAUACGCAACUACUUAUCCUCGAAAUCAACGGCUCGUGCUCAGAGGUUAAAGGCCAACGAAUCAAAAAACAGCAAAUCGUUGGUGCUUAGUUUGGACAAUCACGAAGCAGUUGAAGAUGUGUUCCAAGGUGUGAAGGUGGUGUGGUCUUUGAGCGUGUGGAAGAGUAAUGAUCAGGCUGAUUCUAGCGAGAAAAGGUACUUGACUUUGAGUUUCCAUAAUCGGUAUAGGGAGAUGAUCACAACGACUUAUCUUGAUCAUGUUUUGAGAGAAGGGAAAGAGAUUGGUUUGAAGAACAGAGAGAGGAAGCUUUACACUAAUAACUCGAGUCAAGAUUAUUCGGCUUGGAGAGAAGGAAGGUGGAGCAACGUUCCUUUUGAUCAUCCCGCAACGUUUGAGACUUUGGCUAUGGAUCUUGAGAAGAAAGAAGGGAUGAAAAAGGAUUUGAUUAAGUUUACUAAAGGGAAAGAUUAUUAUAGGAAGGUUGGGAAGCCGUGGAAGAGAGGUUAUCUGUUGUUUGGACCGCCGGGGACAGGGAAAUCGACGAUGAUAUCGGCUAUGGCGAACUUCUUGGAGUAUGAUGUGUAUGAUCUUGAGUUGACUACUGUGAAGGAUAACUCGGAGUUGAAGAAGCUAAUGUUGGAUACAAAAGGGAAGUCUAUUGUUGUGAUUGAAGAUAUCGAUUGUUCGCUUGAUCUUACGGGACAGAGAAAGAAGAAGAAGGAGGAAGAUGAGGAUGAAGAGGAAGAAGAAAAGAAGAAAGAAGCUGAGAAGUUGUUGAAGAGAGAAAGAGGUGAAAGAGAGAGUAAGGUUACUUUGUCGGGGCUAUUAAACGCCAUUGAUGGGUUGUGGUCAGCUUGUAGUGGAGAGAAGAUUAUUGUGUUUACUACGAAUUAUUUGGAUAAGCUUGAUCCAGCUUUGAUACGUAGAGGAAGAAUGGACAACCAUAUUGAGAUGUCUUAUUGUAGGUUUGAAGCGUUUAAGGUUUUGGCUAAGAACUACUUGGAGAUUGAGUCACAUGACUUGUUUGGAGAAAUCAAGCGAUUGGUGGAGGAAACUGACAUGUCUCCAGCUGAUGUUGCUGAGAACUUGAUGCCGAAAUCUGAUGAAGACGAUGCCGAUAUUUGCCUUACGCGGUUGGUUAAGUCUUUGGAGGAAGAGAAGGAGAAAGCAAAGAAGUUGGCUGAGGAAGAAAAGAUGAAGAAAGCAGCGAGGGAUGCAAGGAGGAUCAAGAAGAAAGCAGAGGAAGAACACAAAAAGAAGAAUAAAGUAGAGGAAAACGGCGACGUAUCUCACGAUAAUGGUAACCAUAUUUGAGGGAAGAUAUCACAAAAAGAGGAAGGAAAAUAGAUUGGAGCGUUGAUGUGAUGAAUUAGUAUUUGAGUCUACUCUUUCUUUAGGUUGUGUUUUGGUAUGGUGUUGUCAAGUAAGAAUUGAAAUGAAAUAAAUAAGUUUAUUGGUUCCAAUGUGUAAUCGUUCUUAUCAUAACUCAUCUCGCUAAAUGGUUACCUAUAAGGUGUUAUAUAUGUUAUACCGUGCCAAUCACUCCCAUGUUUGUUACUUUUUCUUGGAUAUUGAGGCAUUCACAAG